AUGGCUGGAACAACGUACAAGAAACGAUCGCGAGACGAGGCGUCAAAGUCCAAAGCAGCACCGCCACUAAAAAAGCAGAAGAAGAGGCAGCCAGCCCCCAGCCGCAGCGACGAAUCCGACGACGCGCAAGAGUUCCAGGCCGUCAACCUGCUCGACUCGGACGACGAUGACAUUCACAACGCAGAAGUAGAUGACGGCGGAGAUUCGGGAUCUGACGCCGACUCCAUUGGCUCAUCGUCGGGCUCAGAGGACGAAAGACCAAGAAAAACAAGAACAAAGGCCACACGGCCACAGCCAAUAGCGAGGGACGUGCCGGCGAACAGCCUCGCAAAAGAUGCGCCGGGCUCAAAAUAUAGGUCCGGCUGGGACGAGCAACAAGACCAGAACGAGGACGACGACGAGGGCGACAAUGACGAGUAUUCCGACCUAGACGAGGCGCUCAGCUCCGACGAAGCUGGCGGGCAGAACGGGGACGCACAAGACGACCCCACGAAAGCCAAGCGCACGUCAAAAUCCAAGCGCAACGACCCGGAGGCUUUCUCGACGUCCAUCUCCAAGAUCCUGGGGACCAAGAUCUCGGGCAAGAACCGGGCCGACCCGGUGCUCGCUCGGAGCGCUGACGCGCGCCAGCGCGUCCGCCAGGUGCUGGACGAGGACCUCGACCGUAAGGCGCGGCGGAAGAUGCGCGAGCAGAAGCAGAGGGCAAUGGAGAAGGGCCGGGUGCGGGACGUGCUGGUGGCGACCAACGGCACCUUCAGCAACGUCAACCCGGUGACGGGCAAGGUUGUCAGCGACACGGACGGUGAGACGACAGCCGAGGUCCUGGCGACGGAGCGGAGGCUGCGCAAGGUCGCGCAGAGGGGUGUGGUCCAGCUGUUCAACGCGUUCCGGACGGCGCAGGUCAAGGCCGCCGAAGCGGAGCGGGUGGCGCGGAAGCAGGGGGUCAUCGGCAUGGAUAGGAAGAAGGAUAAGGUCACUGAGAUGAGCAAGAAGGGCUUCCUGGACCUGAUUGCGUCCGGGGGCGGCGGGCUCAAAAAGGGACCCAUCGAGGAGGCUUGA